GUCAAAUUGGCAUUUGGAAAACACCUGAAUGUUAUAAUUCAGUUAUUUACUUUGGUUUCUAAAUGUCUUUAUUAGCAACUUUUAGCAAGUUGGCGUUACAGUCAUCACUUCGUCAAGUGAGUUGCACUGCCAUUAGCCGGCUUCAAGUAAGUCCAAUAUUGUAUGCCGAGCCUUUGAAGAAAAAGAAGAAACUCGACCCACAAAUUAUUAAACAACGAGAAGACAGACGUAAAAAGAAGUUGGAAAAGCAAAUUCGGCGUUUGGAAAAAAAUGCCAGGCAAUUAAAACCAAUAGAGGAACUUGAAGUUCCCCUUACUUUACUGGAUGAGAGAGACAAGCGUAUUCGGAAACUGGAACCAUUGAGUGAAGAAGAAAUUGAAAGAAGAGCGCGACUUACUAAGAAAUGGGCAACUUACAAGCAUCAAGAGAAAGUAUCCGACUUUCAAGCUAUAGACAGGCUGCUACAAUCCCAAAAUAGAGCUCUCAACGAGUUGAGGAAAGAAUCAGAAGAGCUUUAUCAAGAGGCUAUUCAAAUAGAUAUGACACUUUUACCUGCUAAAACGUGUGGUCCAGUAGCAACUCCACCAAUUAAAAAUUAUGUUAGUCCCGAUGGAGAUUACCACAAAGAAACAAAAAAAUGGGAUUAAGUUUAUAAAUUUGAAAUUUAUAUUACAUAGUUGUCGAAAAUUUUGAUAACUUCAUUUAUUCUA